GUCUCUUUACCUGGAUAGUGCUCCAAUGUAUCACUCCGCAGGAAUGUCAUCAGAGGACAAGAGUCUGGAUCCCUCUGACAACGGACCUUCUACUCCACUGAGCAGUACUGGGGGGCGCACCCCCUCCCCAGCCCCCACAGACCGGCGCCCCCGCGGCCGGCCUCGUAAGGAUGCAGGCUCUGGAUUACCCACACCCAGAAAGAAGGGACGUAGCAGAGGCCGAGCCCAGGUUGAGGAUGAGGACGGCAUGGACGGGACGGAGGCCACCGAAGCAGAGAACAUGCAGGAUAUGGAAGUUAAGGAGCUGGUUCUGGAUGUUGAGGAGGAGAUCAUGGUGCCUAGCCCCAGGGACGACAGACCCCUCUCCCCACUCUUCCAGCGCUCCGUGUCGGAGGACUCUGCAGGAUCCUCCGCCUCGACCCUCGAGCACGCCAAAGUCUGUGAAAAGCUGUGUGCCUUCUGCUACUGUGGCGAGAGGAGUUUCCUGGGCCAGGGCGACCUGAUGGUGUUUGGCCCCACGCCGGGCUAUGUGCCGCUGCACAUCCGCAACCGACGAGGCAGCUCGGAGAAGGACGAUGACUAUCACGAAGAUGACUUCCAAGAUGACCACCACGACACCAAGAGCCAAGGGCAGCGUGACGGCGGGAGGGGCCUUAAAAACUUCACGUGAUCCACUGUUGACAAAGACCUGCCGUCAGAAGACACCCAAUCGAGUGUCACCUCCCUCCCUGAGGGGGCGGUGACGUAAUGCUCUCACCCAGGAAGGUUCCUGACGGGGACAACGUGGCCCAAAUGCAUUGUUUCUUUGGAGCCCCAUGAUUGGUCAGUCAGUCCAGGGCUGGCGCCGUGCCAGUUCUAGACGGGGAGCUGAAGAAUGAAAACAAUAACAAGCGUGCGUGAUAGCAGUGUUAAGGUGGACUGUGUGAUAGCAGUGUUAAGGUGGACUGUGUGAUAGCAGUGUUAAGGUGGACUGUUUGUUAGCAGUGUUAAGGUGGACUGUGUGAGAGAAGUGUUAAGGUGGUCUGGGGACAGACCCCAUUCUGUUUUGCCCUGAAUAGGAUCACAAUGAAUCACCGCUUUGGAGAGAUCAGAGGAGAUGGUAGAGAAGGUAUCCUAACGAGACAAGGAUGAACUGUCACACUCCCUGCAUGUUGUAUUGGCUGUUGAUAAGAUGAAAAGUUGUGUAAGGGGGUGCGUGACCUCAUGACAGAUUACAUGUGGAUAUGGCUCCCGAGUGGCGCUGUGGUCUAAGGCACUGCAUCUCAGUGCUAGAGGCGUCACUUCAGUCCCUGGUUCGAAUCCAGGGAUGGAAUCCACAUCCGGAUGCGUUUGGGAGUCCCAUAGGGCAGCGCACAAUUGACCAAGCUUCAUCCAGGUUUGCCCGGGGUAGGCUGUCAAUAUAAUUAAGAAUUGGUUCUUAACUGACUUGACUAGUUAAAUAAAUAAUAAAUAACAAUUUUGUGUUUGUCCUUCUUUCCCUCUGUGUGUAGGUAUGCAUGCAUACUUUGAUUCGUGCAUCGUGCCGUCUCAUUCUCUAUAUUCUAA